AUGACAAGCUUAGAAUUGUUCAUCAGUACCUCACCUCACCUGAUGCCGUGGGAGGAAUUGGUAUCACUCCUGGAAAGGGCGAUUGGUCAUUUCGUGAAGAGUAUCACUCCAGUCACAUCUGCAUUUGAAGAGUCUCAUAUUGCUGACGAUUUAAAGACUCAUAUUGCGGGUUCCACAGUUGAUGUCCAUGAUGUCAAGGAGAGUCAUGGUGUCCAAGUUGCCUUGUACUUUGAGUUUGUCCAAUUUUAUCUCUAUUGGUUAGCAGGCUUGGCUGUUGUGGGGUUGAUCUCCUAUUUCGUUUCCAAGCACACAUUCCUGUUGUCUUACACUUGUAUCAAUUUAUUGUGGGGCACUUUUUUCAUAUCGCUCUGGAAAAGAAGAGAAAAUUUCAUCACAAACAAAUGGGGUGUUGUCAAUUGCCAUUUGGUCGAAGAACAUAAAGAAGAGUUGGCUCGUUUAAACAAGAAUUACGAAGAAAAGUCUUCCUACAAACACAAGGGUAAUGGUGAAGCAUUCCUUUACUUGAAAGAGCUUGGAUUCAUCCCCAUUGCAUUGGGUUUCACCAUAGUACUUGUCUCUUAUCAGUUAUUGUGUUUUGUAUUGGAAAUCUUCUUGACUGAGAUUUAUGAUGGACCUGGUGUUUCGCUCCUUGCACUUCUUCCAACUAUAUUGAUCAGUGUGUUCGUUCCCAUUUUGACUAUCAUCUACAACUUUGUUACCGACAAGGUGUUGAUAUUCGAGAGCCAUCCUACGAGCUACUCCAAGAACAAUUCUGUGCUUAUCAAGUCCUACGUCCUUACUUUCUUGACCAGCUACAUGCCAUUACUCAUUACUUCAUUCAUCUAUUUGCCCUUUGCGCACUUGGUGGAGCCUCAUUUGGGUGACAUAAAGUACAAUAUUGCUACCAGGCUCAAUGAAAACAGAUUCUACUACAAGUACAUGACAGCCGUCAAACGUCAAGAAGACUUCAAGAUCAACCAGAACCGUUUGAAUGCUCAGUUUUUCUUUUUCGUGGUCACUAGUCAGGUGAUUCAACUUGUGAUGAAAUAUGUCCUUCCAAUUGUGUUGCCUAAAAUUAAGGCCUUGAUUUCAAAGAAAGAGCCAUUCAAUCCUCAAGACGAUGAAGAAGAACACAAAUGGCUCGAAAAUGCCCGCAAAAUAUCCACUUUGCCCGCUUAUAAUGUCAACGAUGAUUUCCGCGGCAUUGCUGUGCAAUACGGCUACUUGAUCAUGUUUGGUCCUGUUUGGUCCCUCGCGCCAUUGGUGUCUGUUUUCUUUGUCCUUCUCACCUUAAAGUUGGAUGAGCUCAAGUUGUCCAACGGUAAAUACUUUCGUCCACCAGUUCCUGAGAGAGUCGACUGUAUUCAUCCAUGGAAUCUUGCAUUCUUCGGUUUGACGUGGUUGGGCUCUGUUGUUUCGCCAUUGAUCACUGUGUUCUACCGACAUGGUACCCAACCUCCAAAGACAUUGGGACAACUUGCUUUGGACAAGGCAAGUGUUCAUGCUUCGCCGCUUUACAUGAUUUUCGUUUUGUUUGCUAGUGAGCACACUUUCUUCAUUCUCUACUUUCUUUUGUCCAAGUUGGCUACUUUGUUUAGAAGUGAAACUGAAUGGGAGAAUGAUUUCGUUGAUAACGAUCUCAAGUUGAGACACGAUUACUAUACUGAAAAGGUCAAGCCCAAUUACGAACCCAAGAAUGAUGGAGACUGGACAAAGUAUACCGCUUCAGAUGCGAUUGCCCAAGCAAAGAACAUUGGUGCGAAUGUCUCAGAGCAAGUUGAAGACAAGGGACAGCUGACGUCGUAUCAGAAGAGUAGUGGUGUAGCCAGCGGUGUUUCGUCUGGUGCGGUAUCAAGAGGUGACAAGGGAAAGCGUGAGUAUGAAAAGUUGCAAGAGACUCUCAGACAGAAGGAGCUUGAAUUGCAACGGGCUCGUGAAGCUCAGGAAAACGAGCGUUUGGGUUUGGAGAAAAGCAAGGACGGUUCAGACUCGAUUAUUCAAACCAAGAGUAACGAAGGAGAGGUGCGGUACUCAACGAUCGACGACAAUAGCCACGCUGAUGAAGAUACUAGCAAGCUUGUAGGAUCAAGUGAAGAUCCAACUACAAAGCAAACCGGCAGCGGAGCCGCAAGAGAUUAUGAGCAAGACGACUCUCAACCAAGUUCUUCUGUCGUUUCGAGCUACGAGGAAGGAAGUAGUUCUAGUAAUGGUGCAAAGAGUGCCAAGAAGAAGAACUCGUUGAAAAAGUUGUUGAGAAAGGCUAAGAAAGACUAA